UGAUAAAAGUAAAUGAACAAGGAUAUAAUAAUUUUGCAUAAACAUGACGGAUGUUUUUAUUAGUAAAUACCUUGAAACUCAACUCGCACUUGCAAAACAAAAACAAGACACAAAAUGUUCUAAACAGAAAUCCGUGACUUCUAAAAGUAAGACAGUAGCUGAUAAAAUUUCAAAGAAGCAAGGAAAAUAUUUAUAUAAGUCUAAACUAAAGGAAUCUGAGAAAGACAUUUGCUAUAACUCUCGAACAUCCACUGAAAGGUUAGAUGGAGGAAUCUUGCCUCUUGAAAAAGAAGAGGAAUCCACAAACUUCGAACCUAAAUGCUCCCGCACGAAAUUAAAUUUAGCAAAAGCAUCUAAAAAGAAAGUAAAACCUCUGUUGAGAUCAUCAAAGGAAUCUGAUAAUGAUGAAUGUACCACUUCAAAUUCCGGUCAAGAACCUUCAGAUAUGAACGACACAGAUGAGGAAUACCUGCCUUCUGAAGUUGAAGAUGAAGGAGAAACAUAUCACUUCUCAGUUGCAUCAUCUUCUCGAACAAAAGCUAAGCUAAAUAAAAUAAUUGAUGAUGGUGAUAUAAAUACUUACAAUGACAGAAUUAAGGUUUGGAAAGCGAAUGUGGCUGCUGCAGCAUUGGGGAAGGACAUAAAAGGUACUUUAUCUGCAGACAUACAAUACAUAAUGGAGGGCAAAAAGGGUUUCAACAAAAAUCAUGAAUUACAAAAUGGCUUUUGCGUUCCAAACUAUAUAUGGAAGCAGCUAUAUAAAUAUCAAAGGGUUGGAGUCAAGUGGUUAUGGGAAUUACACCAAGUAGAAUCUGGGGGGCUGUUAGGUGAUGAAAUGGGUCUCGGAAAAACUGUUCAAAUUAUUGCAUUUCUGUCUGGUUUGUGCAAAACUAAUAGUGGGUGUUGGGGAGGCCUCGGACCCUCUAUUAUCGUAGCUCCAGCGACAGUAAUCUAUCAGUGGGUAUCUCAUUUCCACUUCUGGUAUCCUGAACAUCGAGUUGCUGUACUCCAUCACUCUGGAUCUCAUUCUGGUGGCCACAAUAAAUUAAUAAGAGACUUACAUUCCUCGCAUGGUAUUUUAUUGAUAACAUAUGCUGGAAUUGUAAAGUAUCACAAGGAAUUAAUACCGAGAAAAUGGCAUUACAUUAUUUUAGAUGAAGGCCAUAAAAUUAGAAACCCAGAUACACAGGUCAGUAAACUGAUUAAACAAUUUAAUACUCCUCAUAAAAUUUUAAUUACUGGAUCUCCCAUGCAGAAUAGCUUGCAAGAAUUAUGGUCACUUUUUGAUUUUAUGAGACCAGGGCUUCUAGGGUCUCAUGCAGCAUUCAUGGAACAUUUUGCCUUGCCCAUAACACAGGGAGGUUAUGCCAAUGCCACUGAAUACCAGGAAGCUACAGCUUUAGAGAUCGCUAAGGCUCUCAAAAAUAUUAUAACUCCAUACAUGCUGAGAAGAACUAAAGCUGAAGUCCAGGAGCAUAUUCAUUUACCUGAAAAAAAUGAGCAAGUCCUUUUCUGUGCACUGUCAAAAGAGCAGAGAGAUUUGUACAUGGGCUAUUUAAUGAGUGGCACGGUUCGUAGUAUUCUCGAUAAGGAGAACAAGUAUGGGGAUCCACUCAGGGCCAGGGUUUUGGUUGCUCUAUCUACUCUAAGAAAGAUAUGUAACCACCCUGACCUAUAUUUGUAUGAAGCCCAGGAGGAAACUGAAGAAAUUGAUGAAGAAACUUUUGGCAACUUUAAGAGAGCUGGGAAAAUGAGUGUAGUAAACUCACUGUUAAAGAUAUGGCAAAAGCAAGGCCACAGAUGUUUGAUUUUCUCACAAUCGAGAGCUAUGCUUUGUUUGCUUGAGAAUUAUUUACAGCAGCAAAAUUUCAAAUAUUUAAAAAUGGAUGGUACUGUAAAUGUAGGACAAAGGCAAAAUUUAAUCAAAACAUUUAAUGAGGAUUCAGAUUAUCUUGUUUUCCUUUCUACGACGAGAGUUGGUGGACUGGGUGUGAAUUUAACAGGAGCAGAUAGAGUUAUAAUAUACGACCCAGAUUGGAAUCCAGCUACAGAUAAUCAAGCUAAAGAAAGAGCUUGGAGGAUCGGCCAGCACAGAAAUGUUACAGUUUAUAGACUGUUGUCAGCUGGCACAAUUGAAGAAAAAAUAUAUCAAAGGCAAAUAUUUAAAAACUUUUUGAGUAAUAAAAUUCUGAUUGAUCCUAAUCAAAAGAAUGUACUUACAACUAGCACUCUACAAGGCCUGUUUACACUGGAAGAUUUGAAUUGUGAUGGUGACACAGAGACUGCUUCACUCUUUAAGCACACUAAAGUAAAUAUCACAAAGAAAAAGGAUACAGCUGAACUAUCAUAUUCUAAAAAGAAGUUGGAACUUAUGAAAAAAAUGGCAAAAGAAAUUAGCAAUAAAAUAAAGAAAGAUUUUCAAAAACAAUCUGAGGUACCUGAAGAAGAUCCAAGAGAAAAGUACAAAAAGAAAAGGGAGCAGGACUUGUUGAAUCCCAAAGUGGUUGAGGAACCUGAAGUUAACAUAGUUCAUGAUCAAGUAACUACAACUUCAUUUGAAAAUGCUCUCUCAGAAAUCGAUAUAGUUAAUCAACAUGUUAAACAUGAUUAUGAAGAAAAUUUACUCAAGGAGGUUUUAGAUAAUCAAGAAAACCAAGUUACUGAGGAAGAGCCACAAACUGAUACUAUAAUAAAUGAAGAAGCAAAAAAUGAUUUGAAUGCCAAUGAAGGCAAUAAUCUUAAAAGUAAAAAUAAAAGUGAGAAUUCCAGAAAACGGAAACAUUCUGAAAGUGAAACUGAAAUUGAUAAUGUUGUUGCAGUUAAGAAGGUAAAGAAGAAAAAGAAAGAGAAGACAAAAGAACUUAAUGAUGAUGAUUAUGUGUUAAGUAAGCUAUUUGCUAAAUCAACAGUUAAGAAUGCUUUGCAUCACGAUGUGGUUGUUGGAUUAGCUGAAAAGGAAAAGAAACUUAAGAUGAAAGAAGAAGCAGAAAGAAGAGCAAAGAAAGCCAUCAGAGCAAUAAGAUUUUGUACACUGGAUUGAAGGCUUAAGCUUACAAAUAAGUUACUACUAUGUAGUAUUUAAUGUACUUAUUAAUAUUUAAUAAUUCUAAGGGCCUG